AUGGCAUUCAAAAUACUUUUCGGCCUAGUCCAGUUGGAUUUCGACUUUGUUCAGUCAACAAAGUUCUGGAUCUACGUUUUCUGGAUUACGUGGCUUUGGCGAUAUGUACGCCUUUUUGGCAAUGUCAUCAGCCACUGGCGUUACAAGUCCAAACCCAUCCCCAGCAAGCCAACGCUCACCUCUGAUGAUGUGACGGUCAUCAUUCCAACUAUCCACAAUGUGUUCGAGGAGCUACGAAAACCACUUUUAAGCAUUCUUGCCUGCAACCCAGCUGAACUGAUUCUGGUAACUCCAAUUGACAAGUACGAUGGUCUCAGGAAGCUCGCUGGCUCGCUUGGCUAUGAUAACAUCCAGGUUCUCUAUACCCCAAUUGCCAACAAGCGGCUGCAAGUGUGUGAAGCACUGCCCAGAGUCCGGACGAAGAUUACAGUCAUGGCAGAUGACGACGUGACUUGGCCUUCAACCAUGAUGCCUUGGCUCCUUGCUCCUUUCGAGGAUCCUCGCAUUGGUGGUGUUGGAACUUGCCAGCGAGUCACCCGCAUCUGGGAAGGCCCCUGGAGCGCUCGCAUCUUUAACUGGCUUGGGGCAGCGUAUAUCGAGCGAAGGAACUUUGAGAUUUCGGCGACGCACAACAUUGACGGCGGCACAUCUUGCAUGUCGGGCAGGACCGGCGCAUACCGCUCCGAGAUCCUCUCGAGCCACGAUUUCCUCGAGGGCUUCAAGACGGAGAAGUGGGGCAGCUACAUCCUCAAUGCGGACGACGACAACUUCGUAACUCGAUGGCUAGUGAACCAUCAGUGGAAGACGUGGGUUCAGUAUCACCCGGAAUGCGAGAUCGAGACGACGCUCGAGAACAGCACGAAGUUUCUGUACCAGUGUUCGAGGUGGGCAAGAAGUAACUGGCGAAGCAAUUACACUAGCCUCUUUCGGGACCGCUACGUCCUCACUCAACAACCCUGGUGUACCUAUGCCCUCCACCUCACGACGUUCUCAUCCCUGUCCUUUGCCGUUGACCCUUUACUUGUGUACUCGCUAUGGCGAGCCACUGGAGAAUGGGACAUUGAGAAUCGGAAGCGAGUAGUUUUGGCGCAGCUCGUUUUCAUGUUCUGCUUCGUCAAGGUCGUCAAGCUGAUCGGCCUCUUCCGCCGAAACCCCAGCGACGUGAUGUUCCUACCUGUCUCGAUUAUCUUUGGCUACUUCCACGGAUUAAUCAAGAUCUACGCGCUCUGCACGCUUAAUAUGACCUCUUGGGGAAGCCGAGCUGACGCCGAUGCGAACGACAACGUCCGUCUGACACCACGUCCCAAGCGAGCCUCGAGUCUUACGACUCCUCCUGGUCGGGGCCAUCUCAUCCGCUACCAAGACGAGCGAACGCGUUCCGAAAAGACCUCGAAGUGGCCUAUCGCCCGAACGGAGAAAUGCGACGGGGAGAUUGUCAACGAAAAGACGCCUCUAUUCUCGCCGCCUAAUUAA